CGCGCAAACUGUGCAGAUGUUGAGGUGAUCCCGUUGCACAAUCGUUCCUUUCCUUGUCGUUGGGUAGGUAUGGCCCAAACGGGUAUUUCUCGCCACCGCAGACAGGCACGUGAACUGCAGGCGUUGUGGCGCAGCUUGUGCUCUGUCAACACGCCGACGCGGCGUCCUAGUACAUACCUCUCCGACACCCAUACAACGGGCUCGUUGAAAGCCGUGCGUGUAGUGAAGCAUACUGCAGACAUGUCCUUUGAGCAUGCGCCAGUCACUAAAGCACUCAUGUUAGGCAUUGCCGUCAGCUCGAUUGCCAUUGGUAUAUUCGACCUCAAACACUACAUGCACCUACAGAUAGUCCCGCACAUCUCUAAAUAUCACCAAUACUGGCGUUUGUUCACGCACCAUCUUAUCUGCGCCAACUCAAGCGAUCUGCUUUUGGCCGAGCUUCUCCUGUACAAUGUUGCCGUCCGAAUGAGAGAACGUUCGGCAGUGUCAAAUUUGCGGUAAGUCUUGGGUAGACGGCUGGUCUGCGCGAAACAUCAUUCACCACCAUAUGUAGUCCUUCUUGAUUAUAAGCAUGCUUGUGUCGACGAUUUCUCUCUUCCUCUCUCUUCUUUUCCUCCACGCGUUUAGGUUCCUCGGAGUGCUCUUCAACGUCGUUCCCUCAGG